AUGGGUGCCAUCUCCGCAGUCUUUCUUAUCCUCAUCACUAUCCUCAUCCCCCCUGUCGGCGUCUAUGCUGUCGCUGGCUGCGGAAUGGAUCUCCUCGUCAAUAUCUGCCUGACGAUCCUGGGAUACCUCCCUGGCCACAUCCACGCCUUCUACAUCGAGUACGUCUAUUACGAUCGCAAGGAACAGGCACGAGAGGGGCGCAUCAUUACUGGUCGCGCGCCAGGCGUUUACAGCGACAACGUGCAGAGCGGUGGGCACGGUUAUGGGACGAUUGCUCAGGGCACGGCCUGA